UACAAACAAACAUGGAGGUAUCUUCACGUCAGAUUGUUACUUUCGCUUUCGCAUCAAGAUCAUUAGUGUUGCUUCUUCAGUUUUUGGCUAAUCUUCUGCUGCCCGACCAUGAUGCGGAUGUGUUUUUACCUCCAGUGGAUAAGAGGGAAUUUUCUGUCCUGGACCACGCUGUACACUUUUUGUUCAGUGGACUUAUGCGAUGGGAUGCCGUUUACUUUUCUCACAUCGCUCAUUAUGGAUACACUUAUGAAAACUGUGUCGCUUUCUUCCCUUUUUUCCCGAUUACUGUGUCCAGUGUGGCUCACGUCUUGUCAUAUUUAGGAGUUCUGCAUUUAAGCUCAUGGAUUUUGCUCGCUGCUGUUAUUACUAACUUUAUUCUUUUUAUCUUGGCAGCUCUUAGCUUCUUUCAUGUUGGUAAACAUGCCCUGGGUGAUCCUCAAGUAUCAUUUUUUGCCACCAUCUUGUUUUGCUUUAACCCUGCCAGCAUAUUCAUGUCCGCUGCCUAUUCGGAAACAUUAUACUUUUUCCUUUUAGUCCAUGCUUUAUUAGCUGUUAACGCAAAGGCAUUCUACGCAGCUUCGUUUUUGAUUGGGCUGAGUGUUCUCACUAGGUCGAACGGAUUGGUUGGAAUUGGAUUUGUUUUGCACUCUCUCGGGAACUCGUUUUUUAAAGAGCUUUCAAGUAUUCACUGGUGUGGCAAAAAGCUUACAUACUCUCAAAUUGUCCCUUUUUAUAUUUCUUGUAUCGUGAAGACAAUCUUCAGAGUUGUUUUAUGCAGCAUAAUUUGUUCUGCUGCUUUCUUCGCCUAUCAGUUCUUUAUCUACACUCAGUUCUGCACCCGAAAAGGAUCAGUGUUUGUUCCAGAACAUUUGAUUUCUUACGGUAGAGCUCGAGGUUAUAACAUAGUUGGGGAUUCCCCUUCCCCAUGGUGCAAUGAUACCUUCCCAAUGUCAUACACUAAUAUCCAGAAACAUCAUUGGGGUGUAGGAUUUAUGAACUACUACGAAGUGAAGCAAAUACCUAACUUUAUUUUAGCUUUUCCCGUUAUUUUGCUAAGUGUUAGAUCCUGUUUGUUUUUUGUCAGAAAGAGUGGGAAGAGCUUUUUUCAGUUAGGUUUUGGUAAUAGUCUCAAUUACUUUAUGAGAAACACAUCACAGGCUAGAGACAAAAAGAGGGAUAGCCUGUCCGAUGAUGAAGUUGAUAUGGAUGAAAUUGACGCCAAGUCACAAGUGUGGAAACCUUCAACUGCUGAACAUUCUCACAGAAUUGUGGUGUACAUCUUCCAUCUGAUUGGUCUGACAGUAUUUGGUUGCUGUUUUGUUCACAUUCAGGUUCUGACAAGAUUGCUGUUCUCCUCAUCCCCUCUGCUGUACUGGUACUGUGGAAUGCUGUGGUACAGAGACAGAGCUUCUCAGAUGCCAAGCCCGAGGAGGAGAACUCAGUCUCAUCCAAAGGUGCUGAACUCAUCGUCAUGGAUGGAUGUUGCUACACACAAGAUUCGCUCCACUAUUGUAAAAUGUCAGUGUUCUCCUCUUUUGGAUAUUUUGGAAAACUGGGCUAAUCUGAGUCUGGAAUUUCAGCUCGUUGUUAUUUAUUUUGUUUUUUACUUCAUUGUUGGAACCGUUAUGUUUUCUAACUUUCUUCCAUGGACCUAAGAGAUAAUAUUUUUGAAUUUUGAAAUCAAAAUAUGUGUGGGAGAACAUCAUUACCAGAGAAUUGAAAUGCUCUUUAUAAUAUAAUAUACUGUGGAACUCGGGUUCAACGAACUCGUAUUCAACGAGAACUCGGAUUCAACGAAAGGAGAUGGAUUCCCUGAGGGUUUUUUUUUCUUCUUUGUAAUCAAUAA